AUGUCGGACAAGAUGGCGGCGGCCGCGGCCUCCCCUCAACCGCAGCCCGGGCCCGGCCCGCCGGCGGCGGAGGAGGAGGGCGGCGGCCCGCGGGGCGGCGGGGCGGACGGGGAGGCGGAGGCGGAGGAGUUCGGGUGCCCGGCGCACUGCUCCGACCUGGCCUGGCGGCAGAACGAGCAGCGCCGGCACGGCCUGUACUGCGACAUCACCCUGGCGUUCGGCGGCGGGCGGCCCGGCGCGGCCCGUGAGUUCCAUGAGUUCCGCGCGCACCGCUCCGUGCUGGCGGCCGCCACCGAGUACUUCGCGCCGCUGCUCUCGGGCGGCUUCGCCGAGUCGCGUUCGGGCCGCGUGGAGCUGCAGAAGUGGAGCUCGGAGGGCGGCCCCGACCCCGACACGGUGGAGGCCGUCAUCGGCUUCAUGUACACCGGCGCCAUCCGCGUCGGCCCUGGCAACGUGCACGAGGUGCUGGAGAUGGCCGACAGGUUCCUGCUGACCCGGCUGAAGGAGUUCUGCGGGGAGUUCCUCAAGAAGAAGCUGAACCUCUCCAACUGCGUGGCGGUGCACAGCCUGGCGCACAUGUACUCGCUGAGCCAGCUGGCGCUGCGGGCGCAGGACAUGAUCCGCAGGAACUUCCACAGAGUCAUCCAGGACGAGGAGUUCUACACACUGCCCUUCCACCUCAUCAGGGACUGGCUGUCCGACUCGGAGAUCACGGUGGACUCCGAAGAAGUCCUCUUCGAGACCGUCUUAAAGUGGGUUCAGAGGAAUCCCGAGGAAAGGGAGAGGUACUUCGAGGAACUCUUCAAGCUGCUGAGGCUGUCUCAGAUGAAGCCCACGUACCUCACGCGCCACGUCAAAUCCGAGAGGCUGGUGUCCAGCAACGAGGCCUGCGUCAGGCUGGUGUCAGACGCCGUGGAGAGUCACGCGCUGAGGUCUGAGAACUUGCAGUCUGGUAACCUGCAGCAUUCCGCCUGUCCUGCUGCAUUGCUGCCGCGUUUCGGACAAAACAUGGACGUCAUUAUGGUGAUCGGUGGUGUGUCGGAGGGAGGAGAUUACCUGAGUGAGUGCGUGGGGUAUUUCAUCGAUGAAGAUAGGUGGGUAAACUUGCCGCACAUCCAUAACCAUCUCGAUGGGCAUGCUGUUGCUGUGACAGAGUCUUAUGUUUAUGUGGCUGGCUCCAUGGAACCGGGAUUUGCCAAGACUGUAGAAAGGUAUAAUCCAAACAGAAAUAUCUGGGAGCAAGUCUCAAAUUUAAUAACCAGAAAGCACUCAUUUGGCCUUACUGAAGUUAAAGGAAACUUGUACAGUAUCGGUGGACAUGGCAAUUUCAGUCCUGGCUUUAAAGAUGUAGCUGUUUAUAAUCCCGAGCAAGACAAAUGGCAUAACCUGGAGUCAGCACCAAAGAUCCUUCGUGACGUCAAAGCUGUUUCUGUAGAAGACCGGUUUGUUUAUGUUGCUGCUCGUACCCCGGUUGACAGUGAUAGUGAAGAUGGGUUGAGGGCAGUUAUUAUCAGAUACGAUGCUGAAACAAGGCAGUGGCAGGACGUAGAGUCUCUGCCGCUCAUUGAUAAUUACUGCUCUUUUCAGAUGUCAGUUGCAAACACAAACUUUUACCAUACAGCAUCCUGCUGCCCCAAGAGUUACCCUAUAGAUAAUGAAGAAGCCAAGGUAAAGAUCUCUGGCAGGGCCUCAGAUGAGAUACUUGAAAGUUUACCCCCGGAGGUCCUUAGCAUUGAAGGGGCAGCUAUUUGUUAUUAUAAAGACGAUGUUUUCAUCAUUGGGGGGUGGAAGAACAGUGAUGAUAUUGACAAGCAGUACAGGAAGGAGGCCUAUCGCUACUGCGCUGAGAGGAAGCGCUGGAUGCUUCUGCCUCCCAUGCCUCAGCCUCGCUGUAGGGCAACAGCCUGCCACGUCAGAAUCCCCUUCAGGUGCCUGCAGGGCACGCAGAGAUACCCGAUGCCGCAGAACCUCAUGUGGCAGAAAGACAGAAUCAGACAGAUGCAGGAAAGGCAGAUGCAGGAAAUACACCGACACUCCCUGAGCUUGCGAAGAAUGCCACGCUCGCAGAUUGAGUGCUGACUUCUGGGUUGCCAACUCUUGUGAAGGUAGUUCAGGAAAUACUGUGCUAAACCAUUUUGCGAGGCAUUUUAUGUCUUUAGAAGACAUCAGGGCGUUGAGUAGGUUUGACAUCUAAAAGUGGCAUCUUUUAUAUACUGAAAGUUACAAAGGUCAGAAAUUGAAGAUGAAUGGGAAUUGAGAAACUGAAUCCACCAAUACUACUUAACAGUGCCCAGGAAAAAGCUGCUUUCCUGUACCAGACUGUGACACAGAUCUUUGUUUUCAAGGAUUUCUGUGGAGUUGGUCUCCUACAGUUCUAUUUUGAAAAUCAAAGAUCUCUCUAAUAAUUUAGUGGUUACAUUCGUGUGUGCUGAAAGCACCUGCUUUAUUUGCACUCAGUAUGUUGACAUUCCUUUGAUUCUCCUCAGUGACUAAACUACACGUGUAAUCAAUGUUAGUGUACUUGGCUUUCUCAAGUCGGAGGCGAGUGCAAUAGUUAAUAACUACAUGUGGAAAUGAAA